AUCAAAUAAAUUGAAUAAAGUAAAAAUAAAACGUCAUUCACGAACGCGUCUGGUGAGCACUUGCCGCACGGGCGAAUCCCCGGUUGUGGCCCCCCACAAGGGAAAUAAAGUACACAAGAAGAAAGAGAGGGCAGAAGGAGGGAAGUGCGAGAGAGAUACCUCAGGAAAUACCUAAGGAAGAAAGAGCCGGGCUAGGCCGCGCUUUGCACCCCUCCCCCGAAUUGACCGCCUGGAAAUCAUCAGUGCUCGAGGUUGGCUCAGGUGCGCGCUCUGAUUUUUAGCGCAAACGCCCGAGUCUGGUCCGUCUUAAUUUCUGUUCUCCCUCCCGUCCUGCCCCGUCUCCUGCAACAUCCCUCUCCAGCGGCUUCGCGCCAGAGCGCCAUCACCCAGGUUCUAUCCUUCCAAGAAAAAAAAAGUUCCAUUUUCCUUUUUUUCCCUUUCCUCUUUUCUUCCUUACCUAUUCUACCUACUAGUUUUUCCCUUCCCACUAAGAAACCCCCCCUCCACUCCGACCGAAACUUACACAACUAAAAAAUUUCCCAUCCACCCGCACCGAACAUCCACCGCCUCCCGUCUUCUCCGUCUACACAAAUAACUCUUCCAUCACUCUAUCAUCUUCUACCGGACCUGCAUUCGGAGUGUCGCCUUAUUGUCCGGAAUAGCAUCGUCAUAUAUUCUCUCACUUGCGAUACAUCUUUGGUCUAAUACUUACCAUGGCGUCUGUCGUCCGCGGCACGUCGCUCAGAGCCGGCGGCGCCUGUGUGCGUUGUCGCAAGGGAAAAACGAAGUGUGUCUACGAGAAUGGUCGCGCACCAUGCAGGAACUGUGCCAAGGGGAUGCACGAAUGUUAUUUACCUUCGGAGAGUAUGGCUCAUCACCAUGGUCAAUCACCGGCAAGGCCUCCUCGCCCGCGUGAGAGUCUACCUGGCGAGCGAAGCGUGUCGGCAACCAGCGACCGCCAGCCUGUAGCGUCCGGCACUGUUUUGCCGCGCAGUAUGCAGACCAAUAGCGAGAAACUCAAUCCGGAACUGGUGACGGAAUGUGAGAGGGUAAUCAGCAAGACUAUUCCGUCUUGUGUCGCCUUUCACAAACCUUCCUUCCUACAGAAGCUCAAGAAUGGCACCCUCGAGGCUAGCAUCGUCAACGGUCUUCUGACUUGCGCUGCGCGGAGCUCCCCCGCCUUGAUUCGUCGUUAUGGCGGCCAGGGAGGUGCUUCGGCUGCGGCCGAGCAUUUUGCCGUCAAGGCUAUCAAUAUAAUCAUGCAGAAUCUCGACAAUCCGACCUUGGCGGAUAUUCAGGCUCUUUGUCUCCUGAUCAUCCACGAAUGGGGUAACCGCAAUGCUGUCCGCGCGUACAUUUACCUUGGCCAAGCCGCUCGUAUGGCUCAAAUGUAUCGGAUAAUUGCGGUUCACCAGAAUCGAGACGAUCCGGAUCAGUUCAUUAAGGAGGAAUCAUUUCGCCGUACCUUGUGGCUUAUCUAUGUGUUGGAUUGCUUCCUCACAAGCAGCCCCGGUCGCCAGCCGGCCGUGUCUCACCAUGACAUCAAGGAUGUCCCACUUCCGUGCCUUGACAUGAGCUACAACUUCGGUACGCCCGUGUAUGUUCGAACCCUCGCCGGUGGUCCGCCCCCGGCGCUUCCCACGCCGUCCACUCCGAUCUCUGAGGUUGGCGAGUUUGGCCACAUCGUGAUGGCAACCCAGGCCUGGCGUAACGUCGUCGAAAUGCUUACUACCGUGACGAGUGCCACUUUCUCCGAAGAGGACUGUGCUUCUCUUGAGGCAGGUAUUGAAGCAGUUCGGAAUUCGUUACCACCACACUUUAUGGAUAAUAAGACCAGGCAAAUCAAUCUACACAUUACGAUGGGUAGUGGAUUCACAUACGCUAUGUUGCAUUGUCUCCUUCACUGCGCUACCAUCAUGGUAAACCGUCGUAGGCUGCUUCAUCUUGUUACUACUGACGGAUUCAAUCACGAGACCUGGCGUAUGGUGCCGCAUGUUCACUUGCAGACAGUUGAUCGUGUAUUUGCAGCUGCUGACAGCGUGGUAUCGCUCCUACUAGCCUUGGAAUCUAACGCGGACAAAGAUGCCGUCCUCAACUUCCCUUUAGUCAUGUUGUUUUCGUGCUUUACAGCUUGUUCUACUGUGGCUUGGUUUAGCCUAAAAGGAUUAACACCCGGCGAUUUGAACGAAACGGCCGAAUCGAUUGUUCGCGAUGGCAUGCGCUUUCUUCAAGAUGGGGCUAAUAUUUGGAUUUUGGCCGUUCCCUGGUACCGCCAUCUAUCUGUUAUGAAUAAGGUCCUACGGAAUGGCGAUAGGACUCUUCAGAGAACACAGCCCGAGACGAUUGUGCCCUUGAUCAAGGAGGACACAGCAAGUCAACCAGACAAUCCUGAUAGCAUGGAUUACGAGCGCCCACAGUCGGCGAACGCUCAAGAGCAGACGGAUAGUCGAGGCAGCGAGCCACCACGAAAGUCUGGAUUCACGACUAUCAAUGGAGGAUCGGUUGGUGUGUCACCGCCGGCCACUGCGAGCCCCCCGCCGGGCCAGUCGAAGGCAGAGUCCCCAGCACCUUCCUCGUCUGGACAGCCGGCCGAAUCCGCACCGGCUGCCGGUAACGAUAUGACUGCGGCCGAACUUUGCGUGGCGUUCGAGCGCCAGCUACUGGAGUUAGACGAUCUCGCUGCCUUCAUGGGCGGAGGUGUGUGAAGACCCGAGCAUCAAUCCCCACGCCCUCUAAACCUUGUACUACUUGCACUUACGCAUUAUCCAAGUGCCGUUUCAUGAUAACCCGGCGUAUCUUCCUACGAGGCUGUGUUAAUAAGGGAAACAUGGAUUGGCGUUGAUUGGUGUUCUCGGAUUGCCUUUCAGGGCUUUGUUUUUGAAGUUAUUCGUGGAGUUUCAUGCCGCUCGAGCGAAAUCUUUUCAGCCCUCGCAAUACGCCGCGACGCGCCGAUGUCCGGAUGGGUCGAUUUGCUAUAAUCUCGCCGAAUGCCACGGUAUUUAUAAGGAGGCGCAACUCCCUUAACAUGGCGGAAUCUUUGGACGGCGCUUUAUGUUUGCAGAUUUGUCUGUUCCUCCCCCCCCUCAUAGCUCGGGCAGACACACUUUACCAUAGCUACUGAUUGUUGCACAUGGAAAGGUCGCGAGAGAAGGCUGAGGAAGCAGCUGAAGAAAAAAAAUUAAGAGAGGAUAAGUGGAUUUUUAUGCGCACUGCAGAAAUAUGUUGCCCCAGGUGUAAUGAUGCCUGGUAGCUACAGUUGAAGGCGGUUUGUAGCUUGGAGCCAACUUGUACUAUUAUAAGGCAUUUGAUUUGCGAUUGCUAGUUAAUUCGAUUAUGGUUUACCAUAA